CGAAGCUUUGAGUCUUUCCAAAGCCAAAAAGGUAUACAUAACGAUUUCUGGUGACAAUGAUUUAAACUCGGCGUUUAUGGACUGUAAUGAGAUUAUAGCAGUUUCGUAAGUAAUGGCAUACUCAAAAGGGCAAGAGAUAAGUAAUUCAUCUGCUUCAAUAUCAGUCUUGGCGGUGGCUACGAAGUUACCGUAUGUAGAAAACUCAUCGACGGAAGAAAUGAAUUCUACAUUCUCAUUUAGUUUGCACCCGUUUCUAUGGGCUUCCGUUAAUAAUCUAUCCAUAUAUCUUUGUUGAUGUUACGAUGGCUGCAAGUAUAUAUAAGACUUUUCGCUGCAAGAUAAUACGACUUCGGUUCACUUGCUUAAAAUUCUACAAUAAAGAAUAGAAAUAGCCGAACGCUGUAGCUGAUUUAAGACACUUCCACUCUUCGUAGUAGUGGAGGAGAGUACGAGCUGUUUCUGAUCCAAACACCGCCAAGCUUAGGAAGUUAGAAAUCAUUGUGCAGAUUUAUGACUGACUAGUGACCUUGUUGUUUCAUAACAAACUAAAAGGUUAUUCAUUCUAAGUUGUUGGUUGUCCUACACAUUUUUCAGAAAUUUCUUUCUCAAACAGUUCAUUUUUACUAAUUUCUUUCAAUUAUAAGAAUCAAUUACUAAAGCGAUUCGAUAAAUAAGAAACUAAACUUGCAUAAUGAAUUUCCAAGCGAUUACUGAACGAUUUAAAAAUAUGAUGCAGCAGAAAGCUAAAGGCUUGAGCAAUGCAUCCCAACCUCCAGAAAGUUUCCCAUUCUACCAUCAGAUCAGGCAGUUGUCCCAAGAGCCAUGGACUUAUGAAGACCCGGAGUUACAAGAUAUGGCUAUGUCUGUCUUACCGUUAGAGAAACUAUUUGAAGAAGCUACAAAAAGAGAAAAUGAUGGCAAUGGAUUAUGGGGUUACCAAGAUUAUUUAAUCCAAUCACUUCUUUCUUGGUUUAAACACGAAUUUUUUUCUUGGGUUAAUUCUCCGAAGUGUGAAAGUUGCCAGUCUGAUACACAUUUAAUAGGUGCUUCUAGGCCAAAUGCAGAGGAAAGUUUCCAGGGAUGUAACAACGUCGAAGUUUACCAAUGUAAUACUUGUUCUCAUCAGCAGAGAUUUCCUCGGUACAACAAAGUACGACCUCUUCUUCAUUCAAGGAAAGGAAGAUGUGGAGAAUGGGCAUGCUGUUUCACGUUUUUAUGUCGAGCCCUGGGUUCCAGAGCUCGUUGGGUUUGGAAUGCGGAAGAUCAUGUUUGGACUGAAGUUUAUAGUUUCAAACAAAACCGAUGGGUACAUGUAGAUUCCUGUGAAGAAUCAUUUGAUCAGCCACUAAUUUAUGAGCAAGGAUGGGGAAAGAAGAUGUCAUACUGCAUUGGGUUCUCAAUUGACAGUGUCCGUGAUGUCUCUAGUCGUUAUAUCCGUAAUCCAGAGAAUGGUAAUCCUAGAAAUCGCUGUCCAGAAUAUGUUAUUGAGCAUGUCAUAAGAUCAUUAAAUGAGGAGUUUCGUUCUCCUUUAACUGCAGAUGAUCGGUCCAAACUUUUAGAUGAAGAUAAGAGAGAAAAAGAAGAAUUGCUUAGCUAUAGAAAGCAAGAAGAUGUUACUUCUGCUUUACCAGCUCGUCAAACUGGUAGCGACGAUUGGAAACGAGUAAGAGGAGAAGGUGGUAAGUGAGACUUGGAAGAUAGAAACUUAAUGAAAAGAAAAUAAAUAGGCAAUGAAGCUUAUAUGACUUUAAGAAUCCUAUGAAUAA